GCUCGCUCGCUCUCCAGACAGAGAGAGAGAGAGAGAGAGAGAGAGAGAGAGAGAGAGAGAGAGACAAGUCUGCUUUGGAGACUGGGAGGUUUACGCGCAACUCUCAAAGCUUUUGUGUAGUAAGUGAAUGAGUAUAGUAUAGGAGUCUGUUGACACUCACAAUCCACUAAGCCCACACAAACCCAAAAACAAAAAUACCACAACACAUGCUCCUCGAACUCUAUGCACUAAAAUCCGACUCUUCACUCCACUCCUCUUCCUUCUCCUCCUCACCUCCUCUUAGCUUCCUCUUCCUCUUUACCUCUUCUUCUUCUUCCAUAUAUCUUCCACCUUUCUUCUCUUUCUACUUCUAUAGUUCGUUAAAUCCGUUAAAGAGUUAGUUAAGAGUUUUAAGUUUAGUGAAGAUGAUUACGUUAUUGGAUUUCUACCAUGUUAUGACAGCAGUGGUUCCACUCUACGUAGCCAUGAUCUUAGCUUAUGCUUCUGUAAAAUGGUGGAAGAUCUUCACACCUGAUCAAUGCUCCGGCAUCAACCGUUUCGUAGCUCUUUUCGCAGUCCCACUUCUUUCCUUUCAUUUCAUCUCCACCAACGACCCUUACACAAUGAACCUACGCUUCAUCGCUGCAGACACUCUCCAGAAGCUCAUUAUGUUGGCUGUCCUCUUUGUAUGGACUACUGUAAGCAAGAGAGGCUGCCUUGAAUGGACAAUCACACUUUUCUCUCUCUCAACUCUCCCUAAUACUCUGGUUAUGGGUAUUCCUCUUUUGAAGGGUAUGUAUGGGGAUUUCUCUGGUAGCUUAAUGGUUCAAAUCGUGGUGCUUCAGUGCAUCAUUUGGUACACUCUCAUGCUUUUCCUGUUCGAGUACAGAGGUGCUAAGAUGCUUAUUACUGAGCAAUUCCCUGAUACGGCUGGUUCAAUCGUGUCCAUUGCUGUUGAUUCUGAUGUGAUGUCGUUAGAUGGACGAGAGCCUUUGGAGACCCAAGCAGAGAUUAAGGAAGACGGAAAGUUACAUGUUACUGUGAGGAAAUCGAAUGCGUCGAGGUCUGAUAUCUUUUCCCGGCGUUCUCAGGGGCUUUCGACGACUCCUCGGCCGUCUAAUUUGACAAAUGCGGAGAUAUAUUCUCUGCAAUCGUCUCGAAACCCAACGCCAAGAGGGUCGAGCUUUAACCAUACCGAUUUCUAUUCCAUGGUCGCCGGUGGCCGGAAUUCCAACUUUGGAGCUGCAGAUGCUUAUGGGCUUGCGACAUCAAGAGGGCCGACGCCGAGGCCUUCGAAUUACGAGGAAGACAAUAGUGGUAAGUCGAGGUUCCAUUACCAUGGAACGGGUGGGACACAUUACCCUGCACCAAACCCGGGUAUGUUUUCUCCGCCUGGAUCGAAACCUGUAACAGCUGCAACUGCUAAGAGGCCUAAUGGGCAAGCGCAGCAGAAAUCCGAAGAAGGGAGUAGAGAUCUUCAUAUGUUUGUUUGGAGUUCAAGUGCUUCUCCGGUUUCAGAUGUGUUUGGUGGUCAAGAAUACGGAGUUGCAGAUCAGACUCUCAAAGAAGUUAGAAUGGCUGUUUCUCCUGGAAAAGUGGAGAAUCACAGGGAGAACCAAGAAGGGUAUUUGGAAAGAGACGAAUUCAGCUUUGGGAACAGAGGAGCUGGUGACAGUGAGAUGAACGGCGAAGGGAGAAAACUGGGGGAUAACAAGGCCAAAGUUAUGCCUCCGGCUAGCGUGAUGACGAGGCUUAUUCUGAUCAUGGUGUGGAGAAAACUCAUUCGGAAUCCAAACACUUAUUCCAGCUUAAUCGGCAUGAUCUGGGCUCUGGUUUCAAACAAGUGGAACGUCCGUAUGCCUGACAUUAUAGCAAAGUCCAUUUCUAUACUGUCGGAUGCAGGUCUUGGCAUGGCCAUGUUCAGCCUUGGGCUGUUCAUGGCUUUGCAACCGAGGAUCAUUGCAUGUGGGAAUUCCAUUGCAGCUUUUGCCAUGGCUGUGAGAUUCCUUACAGGGCCAGCUGUCAUGGCUGCCGCUUCCAUUGCUGUUGGGCUGCGAGGCGUCCUAUUACACGUUGCCAUUGUACAGGCGGCUCUCCCACAAGGAAUUGUCCCCUUUGUCUUUGCCAAGGAAUACAACAUACAUCCUGAAAUUCUCAGCACUGCUGUCAUUUUUGGGAUGCUAAUAGCAUUGCCAAUAACGCUUGUGUACUACAUUCUAUUGGGGCUGUGAUGAGUAAUUUGAUCAGAGCAG